ACCAAUUGCCAGUUUCGGCGGGAAGAGGAAUACUUUGAUUUGAUUGGCGUCCGGUGUGUAGACAACGGAUGCCCGCCAUAUUGCAAAGCGGCGUGUGCUGGAAAAUGUCGGCCGAGAAAGAAAACGCGAAAACGGAGGAUAUGAAGGAUGAUGUGAGUGUGAAAAGUGAAGAAAAGAUAGAUACUAAUGAAGUAAAAGUUUCAGAAGACUCAAAAGAGAAACCAGAAACUCCGAAGAAGAGAGCGGCAAAAUUAAAAGAUGUAAAGAAAAAAGAAGAAAGUGAGGAAGAAGAAGAAGAAGAGGAUGAUGGUGAGGAUGACGAGGAUGUUGACGGAGAAAACGACAAGUCGGGGGAUGAAAAAGUUCCAUUGCUGGAUCAACCCCUGGAAAUAUCAGGUGCAAGAGAGAGGAAGAAGGUGGAAAGAUUCACAGAAGAAUUCAAUGAGCCGAAAGAAACGAAGGCAAUUGAAAUACCAAAAGGCAAAGGAACCCCCCUGGGUGAAAUACCAAGAACUGAGGCAUUUCUCAAGAAAUUCAAGGCUGAUGCUCUAAAGCCGCUUCACAGAGUACUGUUCAACAGAGUUGGGAAGGUCACUCUUGUGAGAAACAACAUACGGAAAUUCUGUGGGUUUGACUUUGACAAAGGGUCAGAUCAGUAUGAAAAGAAGAAACAUAUACUGAGCAAGAUGGAAGUGAGUGUCUUGAAAACAAUUUGUUGUAUUUUAGAUGUUGAGAAAAAAGGAAAACGUGAUGAGCUUGUAGAGAGAAUUUUAACAUUUUUGUUAGAACCCAAAAGCUCUGGAGCGCCUGUUCCUGACAGUAGACCAAAGCGCUCUACAGCCCAAAAGGCCAACAACAAGGGAUAUUCAGAAUCGGAAGAUGAAACAGAGAAGCGAACGCCACGUUCAAAGAGGGCUAAAGCGCAUAGAAAGAGCUUAAAGGAAGAUUCAUCGGAUGGCGAAGACAACAUGGAUGAAGAUAAAAAGGAUCUUUCGAAAUCAGAAGAUAAAGCAACAGACAAAGAAGAUGAAAGUGAUAAGGAAGAUGAGGAAGACGAACCUGAUGAAGAAGCUAGCAGUGAUGAUUCAGAGUCCAAGUCAAAAUCAAAGAAAGGUCGCAGAAGCCAAACUAAAAAGACAUCCAAGAAAGCGAAUGCUAAAAAGACUCCAAACAAAAAGUCUGAGAAGAAAUCUUCAGCUAAAAAACGGAAAACCUCUAGUAAGAGUGAUGACGAGUCUUCAUCUGAAGAUGAACCCCUCUCAAAAAAGACAAAAGCACCACCCACAGAUGAAGAGAUAAAGUCGUAUGUCAAAGAAAUUUUGGAAGGAGCUAACCUCGAAGAAAUAACAAUGAAGACUGUUUGUAAACAAGUAUAUGCUCAUUAUCCAGAUUUUGACCUGGCCCACAAGAAGGAUUUCAUUAAAGUAACAGUAAAAUCAUUGAUAUCUACAUGAAGAAUAUGCUGCUGCAAGUUUUAGUGAUUAUUGUACCUGCACUUCACAUGCAUCUUGCAGAAUACUAUGCAAUUUUAAAUAAAAAUGACCACAUCAAGAGAAUGUUGUUUGACUUAAUUUUUUGGUUUAUAAAAUAACAAGGAAUCAUCUCUUGCAGUUGUAAAAAAACCAAAAAACAUUAAUAGAAAUACCAUGGGAAUGAGUCCAGAUGUCUACUGAAGUGUGCAUGUUUGUUUCAAUGUUUCAACAGUCUACAUUAAUAGAACCAUAUACUUUUAAGAGCAGUGUUAGAUUAUCUUCAGUAGUGAAAGCUUUUUCAUUUUACUGAUAAAUUUUAGAAGCUUAUUAUUAACAUAAUAUUCCAGAGAAGUUGUAUCUUGUCAGUUUCUUCAGACCUUGACGUUUCAUACUUUGAGAUAUUUUUUUAUAGUCUCGCUAAUACAGUGUUCAUUUUGAUCCGUUCAUCUUGAGCUUUGUGCAACCCACCAUAAUAGGUAUGACUGCAUUUGUAAAUAUUGGUACUCAUACUUGCAGUAUUUUAACUUUUGUGGCGCUUCAAACAGUCUUUGAGUCCUGUAUUGUAUAAAUAUUUUCUGUUCAGUUUAUAUUUCAAUUUAUAUGUCUGUAUCACAUUUGGUUGCUAAGAUGGUAAUAAGCUUUUGUGAUGUCUUUUACAAUAAUUCUUACUUUGAUUUAUACUUGAUUCUGAUGAUAGUGUGGCAGUUUAUAUGACAACUUGAAAUUGGAAUUGCUGUUGGAUUUGGCUGCACAGCAAUAGUGUGCAAGUUGCUACUAGUAGUUUGUUACUCCAGUAAUUACCAGCAGGCAUAUGGAGUUGUAAAAUCUUGACAUUUGAAAGCCAACUUGCAAAAUGUUUGGAUGCCUUAAGGAUUGUGAUUUGGCUGUUCGUUGUGACAUCAGAUUUUAUCACAGUUUCUACAGCUUCUCCAAUAAGAGAACUCUUUUUACAGUCUGACUGAUAAGUGUUCUAGAGUAAUGCAUCACAUUUGUAGUGCUGUGUUUUUGGUAAAGAGAAACACAAUCAUGUAACAGAUAUUCAAAUGUGCAGAUUGUCUGAAAUUUUACUCUUACUUUAUAUGUUUUAUAUUGAAGAUUACUGAAAAUAAAUAUUUUUAAGUAAAUUUAGUGUGUUCUCAUUUAUGCAAUGGUUGAAUCUGAUUUGUUCUUUAUAAUUGUUAAAAUUUUACUGAUUUUCAUUAUGUAUAAAUGCAUGAAAAUUGGGCACUUUUAGAGAGAGGAAAGUAAGUAAGCCAAUUCAUUUGAAUAACCAUGUAAAUAGAGUACAAUUUUCCUUUGUUCCUGUAUCACUUGCACAGUUAAUGGAAUGAUUACAUAGUGAUUAACUCGUAUCACCAUGUAGGGAGAGGUGAAGCUAGUAAGACUGCUAUUCAGACAGCUCAUUUCUAUCUUGUUUAUCAAGUAAGGUUUUAUUUAUCAUAGGAUUACUUUCGUAAUUUAUUUACGUAACUUGCCAGUUUAAUGGGUGGCUUAAAGAAUAAUAUUUGAGUAAAAUAUAAACUGAUAAAAUUCAUACCAUAAAUUACUUACGCCUGAAGCCACACUGAAGUUUUAAGUGAACGUGGAUUAGCCACUUUGAAAAUUGUGCAAGGAAUUAAAUUUCUUUGGUGAUUUCAAGGGUAUGUAUCUCUUUGCAGUGUUUCAUAAGAUGCCUUUUAAUGUCACGCAGUUUUAAAAAAUCCACUCCGGUAAUGUGUAUUUCUGCCACAUAAACUCAUGUGAAGGAGUAACAUUUGACUCAAAAAUGCCAAGUGGCCGGUAACUUCUUACUUUUCUGUGAUAUGAUUUGGUGUUUCAUGCAAAUGUGUAAAAAGGGACAUUGGCUAGUGAGAUGCUUGAAAGAUUAUGAUCCUUUAUAGUGGCAUUUUGUGGGCAUAACUAUCUUAUCGUCCUAUGCCUACAUACCAGGUUCUAAUUAAUUUUGGAGGUAAUGGAAAUACAGCAUUCCAGAUUUUUAAGGGCACUAUGCUGAUCUUCUUCAAAAUGUGCAGAUUCAAGUGAGAUUAAUGGUGUGUACACAUGACCAAUCCAUUAAGCUUGUUCACAAUUUCUCAGCAUGUGAAAAUUGAAAUUUAUCAGGAAACUCUUAAAAUUGACUUUGAGUAAAAGGGACUUGUAAUGGUUUUUGUUGCAUCUGAGACAUGCUUGUAUAACUAGCUAAUAGCAUUUAGCAAAAUACGUGUAUCUUGUAAUAGGAAUCGUGGUACCUAUUGUUCUUAAACGUAUACUUUUGCUUGAUGAAGUAUUAUCUGCAACUUUCCUGGAGCAAAUAUUAAAAUAAAUUUUGUACUGAAAUUAGGGACUCAUUUACUGUGUUGCCAGUUGUUUCCUUUACUACUGUUUAGUGGACUUUGGUUGAAAGUGUCUGUUGAUACAAAAACUGUAGUUAAUAUGGAGACAGUCCUCCUUAAACUAUUCAUUCUGUGUGUGUAUCACAUGGUAUUCCCCUCCCCCGAUACACCCUCCACCUUUUAAGGGUAUUUUCUUUGCGUUUACAGUAACGUAAAAAAAAUCUUAGAAUUGAAAUCUAUGUACCACACUGAACAGUGUAAAAAUAUUUUUACUUGCAUUAUAAUUGGCUAUUUUAAUGAAGACGAGCUGCCUUUAAUUAAUCUGAGAGACAGUGUGCUUGUAUAUUACUUUUAUGGAAAAGGUAGAUUGCUACGCUCAUGUAGAGGUGGUGCCGAGGCACAGUGAAAGGACUGCUAAAAUAUUCAAGCUUUUGGACAAAGGUCUUAGAAAACAGAAAAAACUUAAUCACACAAACUCAAAUUUGUCUCUAAUACACAUGGCCAUAGUGAAUGUGUGUUUUCUAUUUAGGGAGAAGGACUUUGUCUCGAAGUUUGAAUAUUUUAGCAGUCUUUUCUUCAUUGUGCCUGCCUGUGACUCAGUGCCACCUCCAUGGUGAUUAGCAUCUAUCCUAUCCAUAUUAUUGUUAUUCCAUCCUGGGCUUUCCAUUGUUUGUAUAUUACUUUUAUGGUAUAUGCAAGCCCUAUACUCCAUAGUGGUUCAGUUUUGGCUGUAAUGUGCUGGGAAUCUUUUUGUGUUCUUUUGUUUGUUAGCUCUUAAACGAGCAACCGAUGUGUGUAAAUGUGUGAACGAGAAUUUAAAGUACAAAGUCUGUAGACAAUGGUCUCAUUCCCAUACUGAAAGCAAUAUAUAAUUAAUGCUAAGUAAGAUAAAUUAUAUAAUUGUGGGGUCUAAGGAAUUUUAAUUGUAUAGUGUAUUUGAAUAUGGCAAAUUUCAAUUGUGAAGUGUAAUUUUUAUAGCAUUUUGGGCAUGAGUUUUGAAGGUAAAAUCUGCACACAGGAAACCUGCCAGGAAGCUCCUCUACAGUGUAUUAAAGCCUAAUGUUAUGGUUUGUGAACUGUGGUGGAAAAUUUAACAAGAAAUUAGUUCUGUUUAAGUGUAAAUGAAGUUACUAUAGUUUUCAAACUAACUUGAGGGUUGUAUAAAAGUUUUACUGUAAGUGGUAGUAUUUUUAGAGUUAACAUUUGGACCACAACCCUUUCCUGUAUAUCUUUUUUAAAAAUAAAGUUAAUUUUACUGAAAGUGA